AUGCACCCCCGUACUCUCAAUGACGUCUUGCUCCAGUCAGUCGAGCGGUGGCCUGAUCACGAGCUCAGUUUUGUCUCCUCCACGGCUCCGAACUCGUCCAUCCAGUCGAAGACCUUCACUGAGUUCAACCACAAUGCGCGGUGCUUGGCACGCGCUCUUGCGGAGUGGCAGAAGCCAUUCGGGUCCAUAGUGGUGGUGUAUUUCAGCGAACACGAGGAUAACAUGGUCGCCGUGUGGGCGUGUAUCAUUGCGGGACUCGUACCUUGUCUUCAGCCUGCUCUCAGCGCUCAGCAGUCGCACAAGGAGGGGCACGUCGCCCACAUAAGAAACCUCUUCUCCUCUACGGUAUGGCUGACGAACGAGUCGGGCGCCGAGCAGCUGCAGUCGAUCGAAGGGCUGGAGAUUCAUCUGAUGUCGACGCUUCGGCAGUCCGCUCUUGCCUUCGACAACGUUGCCCCUAAUUGGAUAGCUCGCGCUUCCAAACCUGACGACGACGCCAUCCUCUUUCUGACUUCUGGCUCGACCGGCUUCUCCAAGGUCGCCGUUCACACUCAUCGUACCAUCCUUUCCGCUUGCUACGCCAAGGGCGCUAACUAUGGGCUGACCUCUCGCAGUCAGAUCCUCAAUUGGGUAGGAUUCGACCAUGCCGCCGGAGCGGUUGAGAUGCAUGUAGCCCCUCUCUUAUUUGGCUCCUCGCAGUUGCAUGUACACGCCUCUGUCAUCUUGUCUGAUGUCGCUCAGUUCCUUCGUCUGAUUGACGAGAAGAGUGUUGAUGUCUCAUUCGCUCCAAACUUCUUGCUGGCCAAACUUGCUCGCGAUCUCGAGAGAAGGACUGACCUUGUCGGCCGCUUUGACCUGUCCUCUCUUCGGCGUAUGAAUAGCGGUGGCGAAGCGGUUGUAUCCAAGACGGCACAGACAUUCGUGGAGGUGCUGAAGAAGCUCUCUUACAAUCCCGAACGCGUCUCGUUCAUCACAUCAGCAGGAUUUGGUAUGACAGAGACAUGUGCAGGAUGUAUUUAUGGUGCUAUCAACCUCGCCUUCCAGGAGCCCAAGUACGAAUUCCUGGAACUUGGUGAACCUAUUCCUGGCUGUGAGAUGCGCGUUGUAAAUCCAGAGGACGGCAUGACGCCUCGGCAGGACGGUGAGAGCGGCGAGCUGCAGGUCCGAGGUCCCAUGGUCUUUGUCAGGUACUAUAAUAAUCCGGAGGCGACCGCGUCGAGCUUCGUGGAUGGGGGAUGGUACCGCACCGGUGACAUGGGUAUCAUAGAAAACGGCUCGAUGCGCUUGAGUGGACGGAUCAAAGACACAGUCAUUGUUCAUGGUGUCUCUUAUGGCAUCCCCGAACUCGAGACGCAUCUCCAGACUGUCCAGGGCGUCACUCACUCGUUCCUUGCCGCAGCUCCGUAUCGCGCAGCUGGACAGGAGACUGAGGGGUUCGUCGUAUUCUAUGCGCCCACCUUCGACCUACAGAAUGACGACGACGCACCGGCGAAGCUUACUGAAACGCAUCGUGCGCUGAAGGACAUUGCGGUCAGGAUGAUCACGCUCCCGCCUCAGUCCAUCGUCCCUGUUCCCAUGAGCGAGAUGGAAAAGACCACGCUCGGAAAGCUCUCGCGUUCCCGUCUUCUCUCACAGUUUAUUCAAGGCGGUCUGGCAGGACACGUCAAGCGCGCCGACGAUCUGCUAAGCAAGGCUCGCAAGACUACGUUCGUUGAACCCUCGACUGACGAUGAAAGGGCUCUGGCUUCUCUCUAUGCAGGCAUCUUCAGUAUGGAUUCUCGAGAGGUAUCAGCAAAUGAUAACUUCUUUGAGUUGGGCGGCACCUCCAUCGACGUCAUAAGACUCAAACGCGAAUGUGAAAUGCGUCUUGGAGUCUCCGAAAUACCCAUCAUCCAGAUCCUUACGCACCCCGUCGUUUCAGAUCUCGCAGCUUAUAUCGCCGGUCUUCAUUCUACGGACGACGGCCACACCCAUGAAUACGACCCGAUUAUCCCUCUUCAGCUUACAGGCUCAAAGACCUCUAUCUUCUUCGUCCACCCAGGGGUCGGCGAAGUGCUCAUCUUCGUCAACCUUGCCAAAUACUUCCAGAACGAGCGCCCCUUCUACGCAUUCCGCGCACGGGGCUUCGAAUCCGGCCACCCGUUCUUCGCCUCGAUGGACGAGAUGGUGUCGUGCUACGCGGCAGCGAUGAAACGCACGCAGCCGCACGGCCCAUACGCCAUCGCCGGCUACUCCUACGGCGGCGUCGUCGCGUUCGAGGUCGCCAAGCGCCUGGAAAGCCAGGGUGACGAGGUCAAGUUCGUCGGGCUUGUGAACAUACCUCCACAUAUCUCCGACAGGAUGCACGAGAUCGACUGGACGGGCGGGAUGCUCAAUCUGGCGUACUUCCUGGGAUUGAUCACGAAGGGGGACGCGGACCGGUUGCAUCCGCAGCUGAAGGAACGGGCACGCGAAGAGCAGCUCAGCGUCGUUUGGGAGAUGGCGCCGCCCGGGCGUCUCGCGGAGCUGCAGCUCACGCCCGAGAAGCUUGAUCACUGGGUGGCUAUCGCGGGUUCGCUGAUCGAGUGCGGAAAGGACUACACUCCUUCGGGGGACGUUGCCGCCUUGGACGUCUUUUUUGCGAUCCCUUUGCGUGGCAGUAAGGACGACUGGCUGAACAAGCAGUUGAAGGCAUGGGGUCAGUUCAGCCGCGACUCGCCCCAGUACAUCGACGUGCCCGGGCAACACUACACCCUCAUGGACCACGAACAUGUUUCUCAGUUCCAGAAAGUCUUCCGAAGUCGGCUAGAAGCCCGUGGUCUGUAA